ACGUAUUACCUUCUAAUCUAACGAUGGCGAUAGCUCUGCUUGGGCUUGCCCUUCUCGAGCUAGCUGCUGGAUUGGGUGGCUAUGGCGCUUUGAUCCCACGGCUGCGCCAAGGGUUUUGAGGGCGCAUUCUCGAUGGAUCUCAGGAAGGUUUUCGACCAGACUGUUCGAGAUUUGAGGAGAGAAGUAAACAAAAAGGUUUUGAAGGUUCCAGAGAUCGAACAAAAGGUUCUUGAUGCUACAAGUAACGAGCCUUGGGGACCACAUGGAACUGCUAUGUCCGAAAUCGCUCAAGCAACCAGAAACUUCAAUGACUAUCAAAUGAUCAUGACGAUACUGUGGAAGAGACUGGCCGACACAGGAAGAAACUGGCGUCAUGUGUACAAAGGAUUGACACUUUUCGAUUUUCUUGUUGCUCAUGGAGCUGACAGAGUCAUCGAUGAGCUGCGAGAAAACAUCUACCAGAUUCAGGGACUGGUGGACUUCCAAUACGUAGAACCAAACGGAAAGGAUCAGGGUGUGAAUGUCCGCAAGAAAGCUCAAUCUUUGGUUUCUUUAGUGAAUGACAAGGAAAAAGUUCGCGAAGUUCGUCAGAAGGCCUCCGCAAAUAGAGACAAGUAUCAGGGUUAUUCUUCCACCGGCGGCAUAUUUAAGCCCAGUUCUUACUCUAGCACUGGAUCUAGAGGCUUUAGUGACUGGGAUGACGACCGAAAUGGUCACGGACGAAAUGCUGGUGACAGAUUUGGGAGUACGUAUGAUGACGAUCGCUAUGGAGAUGAACAUAGUAAGGAGAGCGAUAGAUACCGUGACGACUGGCGUCAUGCAGACCGGGAGGAUUUUAACAAUGAUGAGAACGAUUCAAGAAGCCCAGCCCCUCCGAGCUACGAAAGUUCUCAAAAAAAGAACACAGGUGCUGCCCAAUCAAUGAACAAAGCAACCAGCGCCGACGAUGACGAUGACUUUGAUCCCAGGGCCUCUGCUCCAGCUCCAGCCCCGCGUGCUCCUGUGGCUCCACAAGUUGAUUUUCUGGGACAACUAGAUUUUUUGUCAGCGCCAACGCCAGAGGUGGAUCCCUUUGCAAGUCCUGAGUUGGUCUCUGGACCGAAAACUGUGAAUCAAUCCACUGCCUCAAAUCUUUUCGACUCCGAUGCAUUUUCCAGCGAUUUUGGUGCAUUUACGUCCGCCUCCACGGUGCCGACCACUACGAGCAAAACAGAUCUCUUUGCUACCGAUCCUUUUGCUCAGCUCAACAAACCAGCGCCGGCCAACGACAGCGUUGCGUCCCUCAACUCUUUCGACGCGUUCGAAACUCUUUCCUCUCAAGCACCAGCACCGGCUGCGGCUUCUUUCAACGCCUUCGAAACUCUUUCCUCUCAAACACCACCUCCGGCUGCAGCUUCUUCCUUCGUGGAUACAAUCGUGCCUCCAGCUGCUCAAACGAAGCAAGGCUUCCAGACGAAAUCAUCGGUGUGGGCAGACUCUUUGUCAUCGGGCCUUAUUGAUCUAAACAUCACAGCUCCCAAGAACAAUCCAUCCUCGGAGUUUGGAGAUUGGACAGGAGAGCAAGCUUUUAGCAGUGGUUUCAAACCGAUGGGAUCUGGAAGUGGUCUUGGCCUCGCGGGAGCAAGCGGCCUUGCUCCGCCGCCGCCACCACCAACGAUCGAUCCAUUCGCAUUCGGCACGACAACCAUCUCCACAAACGCAACAUUUUCCAGCAUGGCUCCUCCUACGACUUCGAAUCCACCAACACAAAACGAUCCUUUUGCAGGCCUGAUAAAGUAAAACAGUAUUUACAAGAAAUACAAAUCAGCUGUUUCUUGGAUUCAGAGAAAAUCUGUACGCCAUGUCAUAAAUGCGACCUUCCCUAUGAUCAGUUUCGCGAUAUGUUUAAUGUUCUCAAGUACUUCCGAUGCGAGCGACAUGUUUAUUGAGAGAAAGGAAAGAUUAGUGCGAGAUUAGUUUUUAUAUGGCUGUGACGAGACGACUAUAUAUGUUCGUGAUCCAAAGCGUGUAAAAUAGAAGAACUGAAACUAUUUUACCGGGA